AUGGAGACGACGAUAGAUCUGAAGCCCAGACACUUUGAAACUUCGUCCCAGGUGAGAAGAUCCACCCUCCGGUCCCUGAUAGAUCUAAAGCCCAGAUCCACCCUCCGCUCCUUCUUACGCAUCGCUUGGGGCGCUGAUGCAGGCGAUGUGCCUCAAUUGGAUUCAGGGUCGCUGAUGGUAGGGCUGAUUCGAGCGCCUUGCUCACUUCAUCCCAGGAUCGUUUGCAACCGUGAGAAUCAAGUUAAACUAUUGUGUGAUGCAGCGGUGGAUCCUUCUGUGGGUAUGGGUUUUGGUAUCUUGUGCAAGAAUGUUGAGGAUCAGACGAUAGGCAGCAAGAAUGGCUUCUUCCCGGGGGUUUUCAUGCCGAUUAAGGCUGAGGCUAGAGCAAUGUUGGAGGGUUUGAAGUUUGGCAAGGAGAAAGGUCUCAAUGAUGUCAUUAUCGAGACAGAUUGUCAAGUUCUUUACUGGCUGCUGGUUAAAAAUGAAGUUGAUCUUUCUUAUCUGGGUUCGACGCUUGAAUCCAUCCGUUCAUUGGCGGCGAGUUUACACCAUCACGCGUUUAGUUGGACGCCCCGUGAAGAAAAUGAGGUGGCUGAUAGUUUAGCUAAGCAAGCUCUUUGUGAUUGCUUUUCAGUUUUUGUGUUUGCUGAUUCCCCCUCUUUGUUGAACUCAUAA